UCCCGACCGAGAUUGGAGUUUUACGACGCUACGAAUGGCUACGCAGCUUUGUAGCAUUGUCAAUCCUCCGUUCCAGAACCCGACUUCCGACCUUGUGACAGUCGGGAUUCUAUCACUUCUUAGUGAAUCUCAGGGUCCCAGACAGUGGCGUAUGGUCAUGUUGACUAACAACUUGCAUUGUGGCUUCACAAUAUGCCUUGGAGCCCCAUAGGAAGCAGGCAAGAUCCGUCAUUUUGUGUUCAAUGAUUUACCUCAGGCGUCUGCGACGUUCCGAUACCGCACACCUCUAUAUAAAGACGACAUGAAGUCGCGAACGUUAUACGUCUGCUUCGGUGUCUCCACACUCUCCACAGCAGUCUUCCCACUAUGUCUGUGGCGCCCGAGCUUCCAACCACUCUGAACGAUCGCGAAGCUUUACGACUGCCUGAUGGCAACGACCUCUAUCUGCAGCUCAAGCUCAAUACAUGCCAUGUCUUUCCUGGUGACGUUGACCCGGUGAGGUUCCGCCAGGCCCUUGCGAAGACACUUGCACGCUUUCCCCAUGCAGCCGGAAGGCUCAGGCAUGAUGAACAAGGUUGGAGGAUCGACCUGACCAACUCACCUGUGCCCGUGGAAGUUGUCGAAGACAGAAAGCGCGAUGAGAUCCUGCCCUCCGACAUCCGUCAUAGUGUCGUUCACAAAUCUGAGGACGUUCAAAAUUUCCAUAUCCCCGUCUCUCUAGAAGGCGCCGUUAUGGGCGAAGACGUACCCCUUAUUACCUUCAAGCUCACGAAGUUGACCAAAACUGGGGAGACGGUUUUAGGUCUUUCAUGGAACCAUGUGCUUGGCGAUGCGACUACCCUGAAGAUCCUCAUGCAAACACUCUCACAGUACUAUCAAGGCCUCCCACCGCCACCUUCACCAACAUUUCACAAACGUACUUGGCCUCAACCUCCUUCAGAUAAAGAGGGAGAAGCUCUAUACGAGCAGUAUGUUCCUCACAUGCUCAAAUCAUACCCACUGGCGGACGUCAUCGCAAAGUACACAGCCGAGGCAUUAACAAGCUCGAUGGUAGAUUUCACCUUCACGAAGGCGCAGCAGGACAAACUUCUGGCGUUGGCUAACAAGCAACGUGCUCAAAAUGGACGUGACGAGGCCGCUGUGAAAGUGACGCAGCAAGACGCAUUGUCAGCCUACCUCAUCACUUUGCACAACAGAUGUCUCGAUAAACCCAUCCAUAAUGCUAUGUACAUGAUGAAUUACCGAACUCGUUCUGAGGACGAAAAUGCACUAUACAGACAUCCUAGGAACGCAGGUAACUGCAUCUACCUGCCGACGUUCGACGUAUCGGCGUCCCAUUCGCUGCAUGACCUCGCUCGAACGAUUCGCAAUAACAUAGUCAAAGCUCGCACGACCGAGUUCCUCGAGACCUACCUGAUGUUAAACGGAAAUGCUCAGAAAGAUGCACUGGAAACAGGCCGAUUUCAUAUCUACCCCGCAGAAUCCGUGGUGCUCAUAAACUCACUCGCAAAGGAUGACUUAGGACGGACGGCUCACUUUGGUUUCCCUGGCAAGAGCCAAUACUAUACAGACGUAUCUUGGGAAAGAAUGUUCCGCAUCUUCCCAGCCAAUCCUGUCAAAAAGGAUGAUGGCAGGUGGGAAAGCAAUGAAGGAAGUGUGGUUGUUGCUUUCAGGGUCAAGACCGAACUCAAGGAUAAGAUGACGGCCAUGUAUGAAGAUGACAUGAGAAGCUUGGCUCAUGAUCAGCCCUUGGGAAGCGAAAUGUCAUUGCCAAGUGGGAAGCUCUCGUGGCUAGUUAGAAACAUUGUAUGGGUACUGAGGCAGAGAUUUCGGAGCAAGGAAUGAACGGAUUGGAAUGGCUGUUCAAAGAAGGAAGGGGAUAGAGAACCGGCUUAUAUGUAGUCCAGAGGCCUUGACGGUCUGAGGUAAUAUAGUCACAAUGUUCGAGCUACGGUCUUGAUGAACAUGACAUAUCUUCGCAGACGCA